AUGGGUCUCAAGAAAUCGACGAAGAAAGCCGCUAAGCUUUACCGUCGCGCUGUGGAGCUUGGAAACGUGCAGUCGAUGACGAAUCUCGGAGCCCUAUACGCGCAAGGCGAGGGCGUUAAGCUGGACCGUCGGAAGGCGACGCAGCUCUAUCGCAUGGCUUCGGACGGGGGCUCUGCCAUGGCGGCGCAGAACUUAGGAGCAUUGAUCGCGGACGGGCCACGGGACGCGCGAGAUCACGUCGAGGCGUUCAAGUAUUUCAAGCUCGCAGCGGACCGCGGCCUGCACAUGAGCUUCAACUCGAUGGGCGUCUGCUACGAAUGCGGUGAGGGUGUCGAGCGUGAUCUGGAUGAGGCCAGGCGCUGGUACACUCGCGCGACCAACACGCAUGGUCUUGCGAUGGCGCAGCAGAACCUUGGAGCGCUGUUGGCCAUGCAGGCGAUGCACGUCGAGGCUGUGCAAUAUUUUACGCGGGCGGCGGAGCAAGGACAUAUUUGCAGCUUCUUCUCGCUUGGUAUCUGCCAUGAGCUUGGCCAGGGCGUUCCGCGAGAUCCAGCGUCCUGUGGCCGUGACGAUUUUCGAGAGAUUUUGACCGUGAAAACGAAGGGAAAUCGUCACCGACACAUCUGGUAG